GGGUGCAUGGACUGUGUAUGUGGGGAAACCGAUAGGACUGUGGAGACAGACACAAUAGUGGUGUUUAAGUGACUUUUAAUAAGCACACGGAUGUGCAGGGAAAGGAGGGUUAUGGAGUAUGCACAGGUAGAUAAAAGUUCGCCUUAGCAUCAUGUUCAGCAUCGACAUUGUGGGCCGAAGGACCUGUUGGUUAGUUUAGUUUAGAGAUCCUGAAUAUGGGAGCUGUCUGUGCGGAGUUUGCACGUUCUCCCUGUUGACCGCGAGGGUUUUCUCCGGGUGCUCCGAUUUCCUCGCACACCUGCAAGAUGUGCGGGUUUGUAGAUUAAUUGGCCCUCUGUAAAUUGUCCCCAGUGUGUAGGGAUAGUGCUAGUGUACGGGGUGAUCGCUGGUCGGCACGGACUCGGUGGGCCGAAGGGCCCGUUUUGGCCGCUGUAUCACUAAACUAAGCUAAACACUGUGUACAUUCCCCGCCAAUAAUAUGCAGGACUUUUAACUAUUCUUUUCCUGAAGAGAGACUCAAAAAGCUGGAGUAACUCAGCGGGACAGGCGGCAUCUCUGGAGAGAAGGAAUGGGUGACGUUUUGGGUCGAGGCCCUUCUUCCUCGUUAGGACCCCUAUUUCCUCAUGUCCUAAUCUUCCCAAUCGAUCUCCUAAUCUUUUCCUGACGUGUUUUCUUGCAGUUCAUUCCCUUCGACCGGCAGAUGUGAAGGUGAUUGGUGCAUUGGGAGACUCCCUGACGGCAGGGAAUGGGAUCGGUUCGAAACCCAACGAUGUCCUGGAUGUUUUAACACAGUACAGAGGGCUGUCCUUCAGCAUUGGAGGGGAUGGAUCAUUGCAGACCAGCACAACUCUGCCAAAUAUCCUCCGUGAAUUUAAUCCUGGUUUGACUGGGUUUUCGACUGGGAAAGGAGGCGUUGAGAAGCCGAACGUGUUCCUGAAUCAAGCUUACCCCGGGGCUUUGGCCGGUGAUCUUCCAGGCCAAGCACGAAGAUUGGUGAACAUCAUGAAAAACAAUUCGAAAAUCGAUUUUCUGAAUGACUGGAAGAUAAUAAAUGUGUUUAUCGGGGGAAACGACUUGUGCAAUUUCUGCACGGAUUCGGCCUAUUUUUCUGCGAUAAACUUUGCCAAGCGGAUUGAGGAAGCGCUGGAUAUCCUCCACAGUGAGGUUCCCAGAGCUUUUGUCAACCUAAUCGAAGUAUUGCAGCUCAUUCCAUUGAGAAGCCUUUAUCAGGACAAGAGGCUGAACUGCCCCAGAGUACUAAUGAGGAUGUUGUGCUACUGUGUGGUGAAGCCCACUGAGAACUCUGCAGAGCUGGAGAUGAUGUCUGAAGCCAACAGGGCCUACCAGCACCACACCCGAAUGCUCGUUGAGUCAGGCAGGUACGAAACUCGAGAAGAUUUCACCGUCGUCUUGCAGCCUUUCUUUCAUCACGUCAAGAUCCCGAUUUUGGAAAAUGGACUUCCAGACACCUCGUUCUUUGCUCCAGACUGCUUCCAUUUGAGCAGGCGGUUCCACGCACAGGUGGCGAGAGCUCUCUGGAAUAACAUGUUGCAACCUGUUGGGGAGAAGUCUAACUUCCAAGAUGUCACGGCCAACGUCUCUCUGGACUGCCCGUCACAGAGUGAACCCUUUCUUCGAACAUUCAAGAAUAGCAACUACACCUACCAAGGCGUGGAUCCAACGACCACACCGCCUGCGAACUGGGGGAGCGACCUGUCCUGUCCGGAAAGCAGUCCGUCGGAAACGGUGCCCAAGUCAGUUCACAGGAUUCGGCCUGCUGAUGUUAAACUCAUCGGAGCACUUGGAGACUCGUUAACAGUUGGAUACGGGGCUCGGGCAAGGAAUUUGUUUGAACUGCCAAUGCAAUAUCAAGGUGUUGCAUGGAGCAUUGGCGGGGAUAAAGGACUUGAGGCUGUGACCACUCUUCCUAAUAUAUUGAAGAAGUUUAAUCCAAAUAUCUAUGGCUAUUCUUCUGGAAUUGGGAAAUUGAGAAGCAAAUUCAACGUUGCAGCCACAGGGUCCAAGGCCAAAGACAUGCCAGCACAGGCCCGUACCCUGGUAGAGCUGAUGAACAAGAGCCCAAAAAUUAAUUUUGAAAAGGACUGGAAAGUGAUCACCCUAUUUAUUGGAGCUAAUGAUCUCUGCGAUUACUGCAUGGAUAAGAAGAACUACUCUGCUGAGAACUAUGUGAAAAAUAUUCAAGCAGCAUUGGACAUCCUACAGGAACAGGUGCCGAGAGCGUUUGUGAACGUCAUGCAGAUACUUGAGAUGAAUGAUAUUCGGAGGAUUGAGAAGAACACCAUUGGCUGUGCUUUGCUGCAGGAGAACAUCUGUCCUUGCUUGCUGAAGCUGCGUGACUUUUCUCCGGAGCUUAAAGAAGUGAAUCGAAUGAACCGCGCGUAUCAGACCAAACUGGCCACGUUGAUUUACAGCGGUAGAUACGACACAACUGAUGACUUCACAGUUGUUCUACAGCCUUACUUCACAAACACAAUCCUUCCAUUGAAUGCAAUGGGUGAGCCGGACCUGGACUUCUUCUCAGUAGACUGCUUCCAUUUAAGUGAACGAGGUCAAGCUGAGAUGGCUAUCGGCUUAUGGAAUAACAUGCUCGAACCUGUCGGUCAGAAGCAAAAUUACAACAACUUUACCUAUGACAGAAGAAAGCUGAAGUGCCCGAACUCAGACUCACCUUACCUGUUCACACGUGGCAACAGUGGCGGGGUGCCAGAGGUCACGGGCGCAACAUCGCAGCCGGAGAUCACGGUCACGUCGGAGCCAGAGGUCACGGUCACGUCGGAGCCGGAGAUCACGGACGCUACAUCGGAGCCCGAGACGGAGGAGAGAGCGUGGGUGGCAGUGCUCAUUGCUGUGGCUGGGGUGUUGGUGGGAGUGGCUCUCGUGCUGCUCAUUAUGAAGCUGAGAGGCAUGAAAUUCAGACAUGAUGAUGACAAACCACUGGAGAUGAAUGGAAUUAAACUAUAAGA